UUCUUGGUUCCUCUGAAUGUAUCAAAUCAAAAUUUACAGCCACAUCAGGUUUAGUUAAAAGCGCCGCUAAAUCAAAUGCUAGUUGUUAUAACUACACUAUUAAUGUUGGGUCAAAAGUAGUUCAAUUGACAUGGAAUAGUUUUGAAAUGGAUGCAACUAUGCCUACUUGCACGGAUGGGGAUUAUAUUGAGGUGUCCAUUGGGUGCUCUAAGAAGUUCUUACGGUCUUAUGGCAGAUAACCGCGGAAGAGCAUUUAAUAGGAAGUUCAUGCCUCCUUCCCAACCAAUGUCGCAAAACUUGCAUUUACAUUUUACAUUUGUUUACAUUUCUGAUGCAAGUUUGCUACCACUAUGCCACGACUGCUCAUCAGGUUGUGGAAUUAACAGAAACUCAGUUUCAUUCUUCUGCUCAAAAAACAUGAAAAUGAAACCUCACACAAUAUAUUCAUAUGAUGGAUGCAUAGAUAUUGUUCAUAGGAAAAAUGGCAAAUCUUUACAUGAUAACUAUUUUUCUGCUUAUUAUUCAACACAUUCACAAAAUGUUUCUUGGGGUCCUACAACCUGUUCCAGUUUCUCUGCCAACCAAUUUACAUCUGGAUUGAUUAUCAGUCCAUCCUGGCCGCUUACUUAUAGAAGUUCAAUAAGUAAAUGUAAAUGGUCUGUAAAUACUGGAGAUACUAUGGACAUAAUUAAACUUAAUAUUAUGGAUUUGGAUAUUUAUCAAGAGGGUUCUUCUUGCAAUGAUAAGCUAUUAAUAAAAGGAAUCAAAUCUCCAAAAAAAUGGAAUUUUUGUCGGAAUAAUAAACCAUUUUCAAUUAUAACUGAUUAUUAUAACUUGGAAGUCCAAAUGAAUAUAUUAAACUACGAAAGGUUGACUUCAAAUCGAGGUUUUGUGAUUGGGAUUACAGCUUGGAAAAGUAAAGCGUUUAUUAAGAUUUUCUUGAACACAAAUAUAAGAAAUUAUGUCCUUCCCGCAAUAUUUGUUGUUGUUGCUGUUAUUAUUAUUAUUGUGUAUCGUUAUAUUCGAAGCAGGCGUAUUUCACGAUCUAACCAAAAUAUAACUCCACAAUACAGUGCGGUACCAAACUCAGGUGCAGAUACAAUUGAUCUUAACAUUCCAUCUAAUCCGGAAGCAUAUGACUCUAAGCAAAGUUUUAAUCCUAGUCCAUACCCUGUUCAGCAAGCAUAUCCUCCAUGUGAAGAUGGACUCAAGCAACCAUUAAUCUAUCCACCUGCUCAGCAGUAUCAGGCCCCUAUUCAACAAUAUCCAGGUCCUCCUUUACAAUACCCAGCACCUUUUCAACCAUACUUAGCAGCCCCGCCUCAUCAAUUUCCACCUCUUCAGCAAAAUACAGGGGUAAUCGAACCUCCUCCACCUCCUUAUCCAGGUAUAUAGCAUAAUCAAACAUUUCAUUGGAUCACGAGUUCUUUUUUUUUUAACUUGUAAUAUUUUGGGUGUCAGUUAGUUUUGCUUGUUAUUGAUUUUUUUUUUUUUAAGUAUUAGCUUUUCAUAUUUUUAUAUUUUG